AUCAUGGACGUCACAGCUCUCUGCAUCAGACUGUUCAUGGAUGUGUUGGUCCUGCUGGUUGCUCGUGUUGACCACAGCUGCUUCGCUCACAAAGCUGAUGCAGCUUUUCCUCGUAUUUCUCCAGACAGACUGCAGUUCUUUGAGUACGAGUCUGUCACCGUAAGUUGUGAAGAGUACAGCAGCUUGACUGAAUGGAGAGUGAUGACGAAAGUCAACAAAACUAUUUCACCUAACUGGGACUCAUCCCCACCAUCCUGCACCAUUGAACCUACCUUUGAACGACACAGUGGAGAAUACUGGUGUGAAGAUGCAGAGGGACAAACAAGUGGUGUCCUCAACAUCUCUGUCACUGCUGGUUCUGUGAUCCUGGACUUUCCUGCCCGUCCUGUGAUCGAGGGAUCUGAUGUGAUUCUUCAUUGUAGAGAAGAGGAAAGUCAGUCUAAAGACAUUGCAGAUUUCUACAAAGAUGAUUUGCAUCUUAUGACCUCGUAUGAAAACAACCUGAUAAUCCAAAAUGUUUCCAAGUCUGAUGAAGGAUUCUAUAAGUGCAGAAUCCCUGGAGCUGGAGAAUCACCGGAGAGUCGGCUGACAGUUCUAACACAAAGUAAAUCAGCCCACGAAGAGACUCCGUCUCACAGCGUCUCCUCUAAUCUCUUCUCCCUGCUGUGGAUUUUUGGACUUGUGGCUCUGCUGCUGUGGAUUAUGGGACAGCUUCACGACAGCAAACACAGAGAGCCAGAUGUGUCCAGAUCAGCUACCAAUCCACGUGUACCAGACCAGAGUGUGUUUUCUUUGGUGUACUAUAGGCCAGUGACGGCGGAGGGAAACAAGGAGCUCUGAGGAGGUGAUGCAUGGAGAUUAACAGCAGACAAAGCUUCUCCAGUCAUGAGACAUCACAGCAGAAGAAGAGGACGCAACAAGUUGUAAUUAAAAUAAAA